GUUACGGAAACAGUGCUCCCAAGACAAACUGGGGUAAACUGAUCACAAUAGUUUAUGCGAUUUUUGGGAUCCCCCUCAUGCUGAUUUAUCUGACAAACAUCGGAGAUCUUCUGGCAAAGGCCUUUCGAUACGUUUACGGUCGUCUUUGUACCUGUAAGCCCUCAGACCAUAACCGACAUAGGAAAAACUAUCGCGCCCAUCAUACAGUGACGAACAACUCACCCAACACGCGAAAUUCCGUGGAACCUGGAAUUCAGCAUAAACUCUACAUGACCCCCGAGGACGAGGUUAGGACUGAGACAAUUCCUGAAGAGCUGGGAAAAGGCUUAGAGUUUAUGAACGAGCAUGUGGCAGUGCCUAUUACACUGUGUUUGUUGAUUCUCGUGGGGUACAUUUUGGGUGGGGCGGCACUUUUUUCCGUUUGGGAGGGAUGGGAUUUUUUAAAUGGUUCGUACUUCUGUUUCGUGACGCUUAGCACGAUCGGUUUUGGGGAUCUAAUUCCUGGGGACUCCAGAGAACUUGGCACGAAUGCGCAGGAGAAACUUAUGAUUUGUUCUCUGUAUCUGUUGAUCGGGAUGGCCUUCAUUGCCAUGUGUUUUAACUUAAUGCAAGAGGAGGUUAUUUACAAAGUGAGGAACUGUGGUAGGCGGAUUGGCAUCAUUGUCGAUAUGGAAGACGAAAACGGAACCUAAGUGAACUUACCCAGACUAAGACAGUUAUAUUACAUAACUACUUGUGUGAAACGUGUCAGAAGAUUGGUGGUAACUGAAUUUCAAUGUAUCGUUAUGUAACUCGCACCAAUCGUUGUCGACUCUUGAAGUGUGGGAAUAUCCCAAAGAAACACUUUCCACAAAACGUCUUGCUAUAUCGUCAGGUGUGUUUGACCCCAUUAUUACCUCGUAAAGCCCCAUCUGCUACUAAUCACUACUCUUUCCUCACGACCCCGGCCACGAUAAUAGCUUUCCUGUGUAGGUUAUGAUAAUGAAACAGAUUGUUUGUACCUACUUAAAAAAAAAAAGGUCUCGUGUUGUCAUUUUUCUAGACGAUGUGCUCCAAAAUAUUAAAUGCAAAAGUAAAACCACCUUAGACAUGAAAAGUUAUAAUUUUUAAAUUAUAUUUUAAAGAAUACAUAUCAAAAAGCUUUCUGUUAUAAUUUAAAAUGCUCAUUUAUUUGGCAGAAUUCACAGCAUCGUGAAGAAAAAAACAAAACAAAAAGUUUUAGAAUUCAAUAGAUUCACUGGAUUGCCGCUGUGGAUCAGCGAGUGUUUUUUUUUUGUACAAUUACAUUUAUACCACUUUUUCACAAAAAUAUUAUC